AUGUCAAAAACAACUGUGACCCUGAUCGACUUUGUUCCAUCUUCAUCGAUUCCAAAUCACGAAUUAUUAAAUUUCCUGAAAUAUUCGCUCCGAGCUAAACAAUACAAGAAAUUUUCCAUGAAUUUUAAUUUGAUAGGAAAAUUGAAAGGAACUAAAGGCGAGUACAUGUAUGAUUUGGGCUUAUCCGAUUGUUUUAAUAAGAUUAUUGUUGGAAAUCAGCAUUAUUUAGAGGUUUUUGAAAGAGGAGGAGCAGAAUAUUAUCGGAAUCAACCAAGUGAUUUCUCUCCUCUGUUUUCAGUUUCGUAUGAACAUCAUGGAGAGUUUCAUUGUUUGCGAGUGGUGAAUGAGAAUGGACACGAGUUUAUCUAUGCAACGACUAAUAAGGGAUUAAUCAAGAUUAGAGUACAAGAUUUAAUGAAUAACAAGUCGAAAGUGGAAUGGGUUUUUAAAAAGAAUAGUUAUUGUAAUAUUUGGGGAUUGGAUGUUAUUGGAACGAGAGUUUACUAUUUGGAUUUUAACAAUUCAUCUCUCUUCUCAUUGAAUAGAAAUACUGGUACUGAAGUGGAAGAAGAAAAACUUAAAGACCUUACAAUGGGUUAUGGUUUGCAGUUUUUGAGUGAAAAUAAGAUACUAACCUCUCAUGGAAAUUGUUUGGAAAUUUUAGAAAAGAAAGAGAAUCAAUGGGUUUCAUUGAAAAAAGGAACAAGUCUUGAAACUAGUUGCCUGUACUCUAUGUUUUAUGAAAAGGAGUCAGGUUUAAUUUAUACAUCAAAUACCACAGAAGGACAUGUAGUAAUUGCAGAUUUGGAACAUCUUUCACUUGUGAAAAAGUGUGAAAAUAGUUUGUUUAAUUGGAAUUAUGGCAUUAUAGUUGAUAGCAAAACUGGAUUGUUAUAUAUUUGCAAUAGAACAACCAACCAUAUUUUAAUCUUUGAAUAAUUUAUCUAAUUGUGAAUAUUUGUAAAUUUUCUGAAUUAAUCAAUAAUAAGCCAUACAUUAACACCUC